CACCGGUACGUGGAGCAUUCGCAUUGGCAUAGCUUUGCAUAAUUCGCUGGCGAGUGGUACAGGCAGUUGGCCUAGCUGGGUGCAGUUAGUUAGCGAGUAAGAGUCGAGCAGAGGACAACGGUUUUUUUGGCGCCCCUUGCCAAAAAGCAACGCGUUUGCUCCAAGUGCAACGAAACCCAACACACAGACACACACACACACACACGCGCACACACACAUCAGGCACAUAGAGUAUCGAAACCAUGCCCAUACACUGGGACUGGGACUGGGAUGAGCACGAGCAUGGGCAUGCCGGCCCCCACUAUCACUGGCCGUUGCGCCGGCACUGGUCAGCCGGUGAGCCCAAGUGCCGGCAGCGGCGCUACUACCUCUCCCACGAGAUGGACGUGUGCGCGCGGGAGUUUCAUCUGCGGGUGGACGAUAGCGCCUGGUGUCACGGCUCGUGCCUGGUGGGCCGUGUGGUGAUCGAGACGGGCACGGAGCCGGACUCGCUGGGACGGGGCACCUUCAAGGUGGUGCUGGACGUGCACCACUUCCAGCUGGCCGAGCUGACGGUCAAGGCCAAGAACAGCGACACCAUCUGCGUGGAGGGCAAGCAGGCGGACGACCGGGCCGACAACGGGCAGCUCUGCAUAACGCGCGAAUUCACGCGCUGCUACAAGCUGCCCAGGCACUAUGAUGCCACCUUAGCGCGUGCCACGUUCUCGGCGGACGGCAUACUCAUGGUGACGGUGCCAGCACCACCCAAACUAGAUGAUGUCGAGCGCGUGGUGGACAUCGAGCCCACCGGCAAUUACUUUGGCAGCAUUGCGGAUCCCAGUGCUGGCAAGGCCAUCGAGCAGACGGCAUCCGUGGAUGGUGGCGAGGCGCAUCCUGCUGGCACAGCGACGGACAAAUGAAGCCGGCGACGUCUGGCGGCUGCGCGUGCCUGACCUCCUCUCUGCAAGUGGAAGAAGCGCCUCCUGCGACGCGUCCAGGCCGUCAGAGGCAGUCGUUCGGCUUGAAAGAAGCUAAAUCGAGUAUGCGGACCACAGUCCACAAAUUAUCUCACUCUCUCACUCACUCACACUGCGCACACUUUCAUGGACUAGUCCAACCGUUCAAGUUAGCCUUUACAGUUAUAUUGUUCAUUCCGUUUCUUGUUGUCACCUAGUGAAAUUGUUGUAAACGUUAUCAAAUAUGGCCCCCUAGAAUCUCUAACUAUAACAUAGAUAUAUAUAUUAUAAUAUGGACAAUUAAAUGUCUCUUCUCUUGGAAUUUUACUUAAUGCCAAUAAAGGACUUUAUCUUAAGCACCAAAACCAAACUG